AUGGGUAAAAGAUUGCAACCUCAAUUUUCCGACAUUAACCAGCGCAUAAUAAAGCGGCCCAAGAAAGAUAAAACCAAACCGGAGGAGAGAGCGUCUGCGAUAAAACGGAAAUCUUCCACAAUUUUGGAGGAACCCAAGGAGAAACAGUUCAUAAACAAACGCGCGGAGCCACCUGAAUACAGUUGCAAAACAGGCAAUGUAUUAGUACGCAAACUACAAAAUUCCACAGACGCCCUAUUGAGCUUAGAAGAUGAUCUUACGAACGAUUUAUUAUUCAGCGACGAACUGAAAAACAGUUACUUGAAAUUUAUAUCUACAGACUUUUACUAUCAUAUUUUAGACGAAAUUAGCUUAGAGGGUUUAGACGGCAUCACAAUAGAAGCAUUUUGGAAACGACUAUCGAUUGCCUUAGAAGGAAAUCUAAUCAUAAACCAUAACAUCAAAAACUUCAUAUGGCAACAUAUAAUAACCUGUAACAGUCACUUACAAAUCUACGAGCUACCCGAACCGAGAAGUAAAUUGGAAAUAUACAAUCGUUUCGAUUAUAUUAACACAGACAUAGGAGUAGUUUUGGAAUUGGCUUAUAAACUACCCGAUAUAUACCCCGUGAAGUUAGUAAGUAACCCGGUCGUGUUGGGAUCUUGUUCUACGUUCGACGAAAGGAUCGAUAUAACCAAUAAAGUGACAAAAUCGACUCUCACCGAUGCGGAAAACAGAUACGGUCUUAAACUAGCCAUCGUAGCCGACCAGAACCUUCGCACGUUAGCCCUAUGCGGGGACCAAAUCGAUCCUCUAAUCUCCUUCCUCAACGCGGAGUUCUGCCUGCUGGAGCGAGUCGGACGCAGCAGGAAACUGGGCGAGCUCACCCAAGGCCACACUUCCAUCGGUUCGGCCUUCGACAUGGACGCCAAAACGGUCUUCCACUACAAGAAACAGCUAACCGCCCGCCGGCUCGUCUCCCACCAAAACUUCUACAUCAAAUCGCCCGUCUACGAUCAAAACAAAGCCGGCUCGCUGCUGCACCUGCAGCGCUUCUACGUCAACGUGCAGACCUACCAGAGCUACCUGGUGGGCGAAAUUAUAAACUUCUUGAAGAAACAGCCGGGGUUUCGCAUCGAGAGUCAUGUAGUGAGAGAGAUGUACUCGGAGAUGUACGCGAACUUCGGGAAGAUCAUGAAGCACGCGGAUUUCAGAAAGUGCGUUACGGUGAAGGUGUACCCGUAUAAAUUGUUGCAUCCGGAGGCUUCGCUCGGCGAAUGUUUGACCAAAGGGAAAAGCGAGAGAUUCGUGUCCUGUUUCCAAUUGAUCGAUCCCUACAUCAACGUGGCGGCGUUUUGCAGGAACGACGACAAAGAUAAAGAGCAUUCCGAUGAUGAUGAUGAUAAAGAAGACGAAGAGCUAUCCGGACAGAUGAUUUACAACAUGGACAGCUUGAGGAACUGCUACUAUCAGAUAUAUUUGAGUGGAGAUAAGGGAUGUAUAGCGAAAGACGUGAGAAAUUCGACGGGAUUCGAUGAUAAUACUGUGAGAUUGAAUUUGAGGAAAUUGAACGAAAAAGGAAUCGUGAAACUCGUUAAAUUCGAUACCGGUACAGUGCGAAGAUACAGGUACACAACUUCGUGUGCAGUAAAACCCGAUGAAUCGUUCAACGAUACAACUCCAAAAACAACGGCUAAAGAAAAAAUACUAGAGAAACAAAGAAUGGCUUUGGUUAAAGCUAGUAAAAGACCUCGUGAGGAACAAAUCGAACCAAUCGUACAAGCGAAUAUCUUACGAACUGAUACACCUUCAAUUUCAUCUUGUAAAUUUCUAGUUACUAAUUUCGAAACUACAAUCAAAACCGAAGCGAUUAACCCAUCGAUAAACUCGGAACUAAUUCUAACCAAGCGACCCGCUCUAAACCUAACAUUCUUCGCUUUAACCAACCCAUCGUUCGACAUCAAUACUAUUAUAAACAACAUCAACGCAGCCGCUAAAAAGUAUCCGGUGACCAGCAACAUCGGAGACCACUACGUUACGAAUCAAUCGAAAAAAUCGAUGAAAACCAUCGCGCUGUUAUUGAGGGCUCAUCUCGACGAGAUCCGAAUAACGGAAGGCCUAACGGAGACCGAAUCCGAUCCGAUCGAAGCGCCUCUACCGGACCUGCGGCAACCGCUCGAACCUCACGCCACUCGAGCCAACAAAGCGAAGCUCGACUACAUGGGGGAGCGCCCCGUGGUGGAGUCGCGCGAACGACAGGAGAACAUAACCAAAGAAAUCGUAUCGUCGACGAAGCCAUUACAGUACAGGUAUAAUAAGGUGUACGAGCGAAUUGAUAACACCCUUACGGAGAGAGUCCUUCAUCGGAUUCAAAUUAUCCUUAAUCUCGUCAACGAAAUGGAGGUGAUCGAAGAGGCUUCGAAGUUGAACAAGCUCAUUUUCGACGCCGAAACUGAGGAGGGUUACGAUAAGAGAAUCGACAGGAAAUCGAUGUACAGGUUGAUGAAGCGGCUGGUGGACGAAGGUUACAUAAAAGUGUUCAAAAUUUCCUUGUACAACGAGAGCAUCAACAAAACCACGGUGUUUAUUUGCCAUCCUAAGGUCGAUCAUAGAGACGAGAGAAUAUCGAACGCUUGCCAGAAAAUCCAAUGGAAAUGUUUCACCAGUUGCGCGGAGAAGUCCACGAAGCCCCACGUACCAGCCGUGCAGAAGAACUUGCAGAAGAUGAUGGGGAAAUCCCCGUUUUCCCAAGCGGAUGUACUGAACAGCAUCAAAGAAAUGAACAGUUUGAACAAAACGAUAGCGAAAGAUUUGAAUAAGAAAAUCAACAAAAACAUAGGACUCACCUACGGGUUUAAACAGAAGUUUACCAGGAUAAGAAUCAUGCACGAGUUCCUCUUCUAUCUAAUAUACGACUACACCGGUACUCAAAAUCCUCUAGCGCUCGACGAUGUGAAUCGUUUGUUCGAGAGCCACCACAUUGAGCUGACGAACAAAGAUUUGAGCGACCUACCGCCGAUUUACAGCGAUGAAAUCGGCUGGAAAAUGUUCGUACCGCCUCUACCGAAGCACACCGGUUGGCCCACCGGUUGGGCGCUCCUCUGCGACAUAAUCCCCCGAUUCCCCCUAUCGGUCUUCCUCAAAUUGUACAACUGCAGCUUCGAAGACGACGAGCUGCUCGGGCUGCUGAAUCAUCCCGUCAAACGGUUCUAUUUGGUGAAAGAUCUCCCCGAAGCCCAACGAAGGGUGCUGUUUUAUAAGAGGAAGUACUCGUGUUGGAUGUACGAGGUUUUGAGCCACCUGGUGUUCUGCGGGCUGGCGCAAUUCGGGCCCCACAAGUACAAGGAGAAGGAGCAGACGUUCUUCUAUUUGAACCGGAGGGCUUCGAUAAAGGACACGAAGGGUAGCGCUCCGGGUUACAAUCAAAUCGAAUGCAAAGAGUAUCCUACUGUGCCGUUUUAUUUCAAUAAAUCCGCCGAUUUGGAGCAGUACUGGCAGACGUUGCAUUACAUAUGUUUGAACACUAAAUUGAACCUCAGGAAACCGGGUAACGUCGUCACGUUGUCCUAUUUGAACACAAAAACCGAAAUAAUCGAAAGCACAGCACCGAGAACAGCAGAGGAAGCGCUCAAACUCGACACCGGCGUGAUACCAGGCGAUGGUAAAGGAGCAGGAGGUUUAGAUUCAUCAUUAUGGUCGCAUUUGAUCAAAAAUUGGUUCUGGCGCGCGCGCAAUCGCUGCCCAACAUCCACCACAAACUUCAACAUCGGCCUCAAAAACGAAGUCUUCAAACAGGUACGACCGAAGUCCAUGUCUUUCGACGAUUCGAGCACCAACACCGGCGCUAAAUUCUUCAUACCGCCCAAACCGAAGGCCUCUCGACGAAAAACCGCCCCGCCGGUGGAGAAGAAGCGGCCGAAACGCCGCCCCAAGUCCUACACGAGGGUGAUAGUGCCCAAAAAGACGUCGAAGAAGGCCAAGCGAGAGUACAACGACGAAUUGGACAAGGUGAUUUUGAAGAAGAUGGAAUCGCGGCGGGUGCGAUGGACGAAACCCGAAGAGGAGCCGGCGAUGCUCUGCAAAAUCGGCGAUAUCAUCAUGAACGGUCGCAGGAAAUAUUCGAAGCAAAUCGUACCGUACACCACCGUGCGCGACGUCCUGCACAGGACCUGUCCUUCGAGCAAAUACAAAACGUCCAGAGCCAUACAGCGUUACUGGAGGGCCAGGAAGCGGUUCUACCUCGGACUCGAGAACAAAGUCGUCAAUUUGUUCAAAUUGAAACCGAUUUCCGAUACUUUCACGCCUCUAUUGGAGAAAAUCGGUUCGCCUAUAGGCAACAAACAAUCAUUCAGACUCACCGACGAACAAACCGCCGCCGCCUACGUGAUAUUAAUGUCAUACAUCGUACGAAACAAACGAAGAAUCUUCGACGCUUUGGAAGGUAACUUGUUCAACCACGAUCAUCUAUCCGACGAGAAUUUGCACCGCACCGAACGAGAAUCCGUUGCGAUCGAUCCCAAAACCAAAAAGUACUCGGACCCGAACAGCGAGUACGACGUGAAGAAGGAAAUCGUGAAAUCGAUCAUACACAGCUCGCUAUCAUCGAAAGAAACCAUCGACCACUCCAAGCACCUGUUCAAAAUCUACAAAAACUAUCCGGACGCUCUAAUCCGCGAGGCGGUCAAUGAAUUACGCGAGCUCAAUCUCCUCUGCUUCAGAUCGAAGCUGAAGGUGGGCAAGAUCUGGGACGUGCCCUUCUCCAUAUCCCAGUACUACGCCUACUUCCAAUUCGGCACCUUCAACGCCACCACCGCCUCCGAAGCCUAUCGCGCAUUCGCCGAUGUAGCGCGCAGGCGCGAACAGCGCGUCGAAUCGUCGCAGCUGGCCGUGCAGAAGAAGCGCUACGGCCAGCUGUUGGGCCUCAACGAGUUCUUCACGAUCGAAGCUCGAACGAAGCUGGUGUUUUACGUCCCUCCCAGCACCGUAGCUUUGAAUCCUGAGAUGGAGGAUCGCGAGGAGCUGGUGCAGGAGUUGGCGCGACGCUAUCGAUCGAAGCUGGCGGCGUUGCAGGAGGAUUUCGAUUUAGAUAGCGAUGGUGUUAGAGUGGAUGAUGGUGAUGAUAGGGAGGUGUCGGAGUGUUUGGUUAAAGGCGAAAGUGUGGUUGAUGGUGGGAAUUCGGAGACGAUUGAUCGUUUGAAGACUUGGGUGUCGGAUUGCAUCGUGGCGAAGAGCGAACGGAGGAGCCCCAGUCCGGAAUUUCCGGCUCGAAACUCUUCUCCCGAUUUCUUAGAAACCAAAGAAGUGGCCAAAGCGAUAGAUGGCGCUGUGCACAAACCUUGGGCGAGGAUACCUACGAUCGAGGAAAUCAAAGAAGGCAUGUUAAAGGCGAAUAUAGACGAUGAGAACAGGAGUAUACCGCACAUCACGGAGCUGAGCGAUUUGCUGUCGAAGAACAUCGCCGAUUCGAAGAUGGACGCGGAGCGAUUGGUGCGCCUCAAAGGUCACUUCAUCAACGAGUUUGUUAGUUUAGAGAAAAUCAUCGUCGACGAUUACGAUGGGCUGCAAACCAACGAGAUCGUGCGACGGGUCGAGUGCCCCGACAGGAACCGAUCGUUGUGGAGCAAAAUCGAAAGAGAUGUUAUCGUCGAUGGGUUCAUCGCGGAGAAGUGUUACGAAGAAUCUGUAAGAGGAUCGGGUGGUGGUGAUGAAGAUGUUGAAUUGGCUACUAAUAUAAUCGAAUUCGCUGCUGGUAAAGAGAGUAUAGGCGCUACGGCUCGCGAAUUACAGGAGGCGUUUUCGCAGCGGGUGAUUCACAGCUCGUUGGUGCGAUUGGUGAAGGUGCUGAUAGAAGUCGGGGUGUUGUAUCAAACGGGCGUGGUGAAUUUGGCGUUUGUGCAUUACAAGUUUCACCAGGCUUGGGUGGUUGAAAAGGAAUGCGUACCGUCGGGUACUGGCGAGGAAAUCACCAAGCAAGCGAGAUCGGUUAGAAUGAAGCUGAGGCCUUGGGUGAGAGUCGACGGGGUGUUGGAUAAGGCGAUUUUGAAAAGUUGGUUGUCUAAUAUUAUGUCGUAUGUUUUGAAUUAUCCGAACGUUUCGUUCGGUACGAUUUGCGGGAAGUACUUUUUUAUCAAACCGGUGGAUUUGUUUUAUAUUGUACAGGUUUUGGAAGAGUUGGGUUGCGUCGAGUUGUUUGUUUACGAUAAAGUGGAAGAGGAUUUGUUCGCGGAGUGGAGUAUACCGAAAAAAAGAAACGCCACGUUUUUGGAUUGCUUAGAAGACAUCAUCAUUCAACCGAGUAACGUUUCUCUGAUACUUUUAGGAUCGUUUUUUUCGAAAGACUCGACUUUGUAA